UAUGAGAGGACUAUUGAGUCAGGACACAAGAUAGAACACAAUAUUCACUUCAUCAGCCUUGCAUCCACUUUCAGUCUCGGCAGAGCCAUUCCUAUAAAUCUUCUCAACUUUACUAGUUGAUGUGAUGGAGACUCUGAAGAAGCUUUGUGGGGGGUUACCUCUAAACCCUCUUCCACCAAACAACGGCAGAGACCCUAGCAUGCCUCACGCACCUGUCCGCACCCCAAACCUCACUGCGGAGGAGGAACGGCUGGCCCUGAAGAAUGCUCUGAGAUAUUUUCCUCCUGAUCUUCACUCCACUCUGGCUCCAGAGUUUGCUCAGGAGCUCAGGCAGUAUGGACACAUCUACAUGUAUCGCUUCUGUCCUACUGUGCGCAUGAGGGCUUAUCCCAUUGAUCAGUACCCCUGUAAAAUAAGACAUGCUGCAGCCAUCAUGCACAUGAUCAUGAAUAAUCUGGAUCCAGCUGUAGCUCAGUUUCCACAGGAGCUUGUCACCUAUGGCGGAAAUGGACAGGUUUUCAGUAACUGGGCCCAGUUCUGGCUGGUGUUUCAUUAUCUGAGUACCAUGAGUGAAGAGCAGACUCUGGUGAUGUACAGUGGUCAUCCUCUAGGCCUGUUCCCCAGCCUGCCCUCCUCCCCGCGCUGUGUCAUCACCAACGGCAUGGUCAUUCCAAACUAUUCCUCCAGGGAGAGCUACGAGAAGAUGUUUGCUCUAGGAAUCACCAUGUAUGGGCAGAUGACUGCUGGAAGUUACUGUUAUAUUGGCCCUCAGGGGAUUGUUCAUGGAACCAUGCUAACUGUGCUGAACGCAGGCCGGCGGUACCUUGGCACAAGUGAUCUGAGAGGUCGUGUGUUUGUGACAUCUGGAUUAGGAGGCAUGAGUGGAGCACAGGCCAAAGCUGCGGUCAUUGCUGGCUGUGUGGGAGUUAUUGCAGAGGUUGAUGAGGUUCCUUUGAAGAAGAGACAUGAGCAAGGCUGGCUAAUGGAGGUCACUAAGGACCUUGACCACUGCAUGAAGCGCAUCAGGGAGGCCAGGAGAUCACAAAUGGCACUGAGUUUAGGUUAUCAUGGCAACAUUGUGGACUUGUGGGAGCGUCUGUGGCAGGAGUAUGAGCGGACGGGUGAGUUACUGGUGGAUUUGGGUUCUGAUCAAACAUCUCUGCACAACCCGUUUAGUGGUGGAUAUUACCCAGUUCAGCUCAGCUUUAAACAAGCCAAUCACCUCAUGAACACUGACCCACAGCUCUUCAAAACCACUGUACAUGAAAGCCUCUGCAGGCAUGUAGCAGCCAUUAAUAAGCUUUCUGAGGAAGGAAUGUACUUCUGGGAUUAUGGCAAUGCCUUUCUUCUUGAGGCUAAGCGAGCAGGAGCUGAAGUGGAAAAGAGUGGAGCUGGAGCUACGGAGUUUAAAUAUCCCUCAUAUGUCCAACACAUAAUGGGUGAUAUCUUCUCUCUGGGUUUUGGGCCUUUCCGCUGGGUUUGUACCUCAGGAGACCCUGCUGAUUUAGCAACAACUGAUGGCAUUGCCACUGCUGUGCUUGAAGAGAUCAGUGCCUCAGUAACGGAGCUAGUGAGGCAGCAGUACAAUGACAACAUCUGCUGGAUCCGUGAGGCUGGGAAACACAACAUGGUGGUGGGCUCUCAGGCCCGUAUUCUCUACUCAGACCAGAAGGGAAGAGUAUCCAUUGCCUUGGCCAUAAACAAAGCCGUUUCGGAUGGGAGAGUUAAAGCGCCUGUAGUAAUAAGCAGAGAUCAUCAUGAUGUCAGUGGCACAGACAGCCCCUUUAGAGAGACAUCCAACAUUUACGAUGGGUCAGCCUUCUGUGCAGAUAUGGCUGUACAGAAUGUAAUUGGUGAUUCAUUCCGUGGUGCCACAUGGGUUGCUUUACAUAAUGGUGGUGGUGUUGGAUGGGGAGAGGUGAUGAAUGGAGGCUUUGGAUUGGUUCUGGAUGGCUCUGAGGAUGCUGGAAAAAGAGCCAGAACAAUGUUGAACUGGGAUGUGUCUAAUGGGGUGGCUCGAAGGUGCUGGUCAGGAAACUCAAAUGCCCAUGAGACCAUUCAGCUCACCAUGGAGGAUCAGACGCAGCUGCGAGUUACACUGCCUUACCACGUACAGGAUGAACGUAUACUAUACAGAGCACUGCACUGAACUACACCCCUCUCACAUCACCACACUUCUGUAAAAUAAUGAUUUUAACUGAAAGAAGAAGGUACAGUACAAGUUAUGACAAGUCAAAAAAAUCUCAGAACGUAUACCACCGUAUGCAAGAAAUCAAGUAUGGCAGUAAAAACCAGUCACAUCAGCAGGUUCUGAGAGGAUCCAUACCACAUACAACAUGCAAAACCCAUGAAUAAUUCACCCAUGUGUUCAUCUUUGAAGAUCAAAUAAAUGUGGACUAGUAACUUCACCAUA